GCCCUACCAUAUUUGUCAAAUUCAUCUCAAUAAUCCAUUCACACUCCGUUUCCCCCCUGUUUGCAUACAUCAAAGGCACCAGUUUGGGUCUAAAAUUCAAAAUUCAAAAACAAAUAUGUCCGAUAUCAACUUGACAGCCUAUAACGUCUUUCGCUGCGAACUGGCCAAAAUAUUCAAGACAUUCAACUCGUAUACUCAAACCGAUUUUACUGAGGAAUUUGGCACCAGCACAGACUUCGAUUACAAAGCUGAUUUGGAAACAAAUCUUUCCCAACUUUACGAUCUUGAUUUGGAUUAGGUGCUUGGGGUAGAAAAGGUUUAUCCGAUUGUGAUGGAAUCCAAAGUUAAGGAAAGGAGUCUGGAACGAUCGCACUCCGAGAUCAAUACGGAAUUCAGCAGAACAAGACAUCUUCGAUCGCCAAGAUCGCGAUUCCCGGACAACGAAUAAGUACACAAUCAGGCGAUGACAUUAUGAUGUUUAGAAUCGGGAUCUUCAUCUGAAGCGGAUGAAUCCGAAUCCCAAACAUCAGGUUACUCCACGGAGAUAAGAGCUCCUUGUACAAACUAGUUUGCAUGCCAGCAUCCAGAAUCCUCACGAGUCUCCCCCAGCGGAUUUCCUCUGGCAGAUCUACGUGACCAUCUUGAUGCCAAUACUUGAGCAACUGGGGAGCACAUUCGCACCGUUCAUGGGUUUGAUCGGAGGCGCAAACGGACAGGUGAUCUAUCUAAUAGCAUAUUGCUACAAAUAAUCAUUUUUUCCCCAAAUGUAUAGUGCUUUCUAAUGGAAAAUAAUAAUCUUUUCAGAACAAAUCUAAGUCUACGUCCAGAAUGGAAAAUAAAAAACUUCAACCCCCAUUUUAA